GUAGUUUAGUUCUGCUCUCAGAUAGUUAGUAGUAGUAGUAAGUAGUACUUCCAGGAGUCUGGACUGCCAAUUUUAUUUUAGAACUGAGUGUGGGAACAUGUGAACCUGAGAGUAACGUGCCCUUCCUGUGAGCUGUAGAUCUACUGGCAGGCAUUGGCAGCGACAGACUCAGUGAUUCAUCUCAUCUCAAGAAACGUCAAUCAUGGCUAGUGGCAGUGCAAGUGGUAGUGCCAGAUCCAACAAUGUUCAGCCUCUCCUAACCAACACAGUCCGAACUGGGAGCGAGCACUUAGCAGCACCCGCGACGUUCCAGUUGGAAACGCUGCGUCGAACGCAUAGGCGUCUCGGCAUCGCGCAGCUGGGCGUGCAUAAAGUCCAUCGAGGUUGCUACGUGAUUAUGCGCGUCUGCUCCGUGCAAAUGAAGCUAACGGCGCUGUUUGCCAACCUGCAAGAUCCGCAAGGCGAUACGAUUCGCUUCGGCAUAUAUAAUUACGUAUCACCUCUAGCAUUCUACGGCGGUGAUGCAUCGUGGACCCUACGUCCGGGUACGAAUCUAAUUGUCCUGGAACCAUUCGUGAAAGUGGGCCAAGAUGCUGUGGUAUUCAUACGGUGCGACAACCCAAGUCACGUGAUCUGGCUGGACGAAUUACCCCAGGAUCAGGCAUCAGGCAUUCUAAGUACUGUGGACUGGCGUGUACCAAUUCCUAGGCCCUCUUUUUGGCUCAGUGCUUUCGCACCGCUUGGUGAGCCAGAGGAGUGGAAGGCGAUAGGAAAUGAGUAUUUCAAGCUCUGCGAUUACAGUGAAGCUGCAAAAUGGUACAGCAAGGCCAUCCACCAGCUGCACUCGGAGCGGGACACCAAACCGCCCCCAGUGCCGGCUAGCAGUCGCAAGCUGCUGCUGACGCUGCUGAGCAACAGGAGUGAGACUUGGCUGAAGAUGUUUCACUAUCGCUUGGCCCUGCGGGAUGCCAACCGUGCACUUGAACUGGACACUGAACACAUCAAGUCCAUCUACCGCAAGGCUCGUGCUCAGCUUGCGCUCUCCAUGGUGAUGGUGGCGCAAGCAACGGUCGACCACGGACUAAGACUGGACCCGCGCAACAUCACGAUGAAGGAUCUAGACCGCGACACGAGUCGCCGACUUCAUGCUCUGGACAGCGCCGAGGAGAUUGACAUCACAGGCAUGCUGGAGACCGUAAGAAAACAUAACCAUGCAGAGGUGGCAUUGCUCUGGCCAGACUACAAGGGGGCCAUUGACAUUCGCGACACAUGCACUGACCGAGGGCGUGCUGUUUUUGCCGGACAGGAGAUCAGUGCUGGCCAGAUUCUGCUGGUGGAGAAGGCACUGCAGAUUGUGUUUCCGGGAGAGCUGCAGUCCACGGCGGAGCUCGGUGCGGGCAUCAAGACGGACGAUCUGAAAACGGCGGAGUUCUUCGCGAGAGCCGCCAAGUCACAGCUUACCUGGCGACUGGUUGAUGCGUGCUGUAGCUCAAGGCGAGUGCACGCUGCGGUGGAGACACUGUACGAGGGCUGUCAACUCACGGGCUGGAGAACGAAGGAGAGCGCCUCGCAUGCCACCGAGCUGGACAAACUUCCGGUCGGGGAGCGUCGCGCACCGCAAGUUGUUGACAUUGGUCACAUUGAAGCGGUUGCAACGAAUUAUAGCCACAACCUGCAAAAUAUAUCAGUGGCGAAGACCAAGGCUAUGGCUGAACACACUUAUAGCGACACAGCCCUUGGUCUGUGGUACCACCUUGGUUUCAUGAACCAUUCCUGCACGCCCAACUGCACGGUCACACUGAUCGGUGACAUGGUGCUUGUCAGUGCCACACAGCGUAUUGGCAAGGGCGAGGAGUUGACCAUCUCCUAUGCUCCCCUCACUGAUAUGGAGCGUGAUGUGAAGCUGAAACGGUACGGGAUCACUUGCAGCUGCACGCUAUGUGCAAUCGAUCCAAAGCUGGAUAGGCGCCUCCGGGCGUGUGGCCAACGACUGCUGAAAGUGAUGUGCAAGUUGUUGCAAUCCAAACGCACGACAAAGGACCGAAAGGAGGCCAUUUCCAAGCUAGUUCCAUUGGAGCAGGAGCUUUGCAAGGUGCGAUCAUGUUGUAUUGGUCUGUAUACAAAAGUGUGCCAGCAGCUUGGCGAACAGCACCACACUAUCGGGGAGCACAGCAAGGCCGUGGCAUUCGUUGAGAUGCUACUCGACUCACUGAAGCUAGGGCCCGCAGACGACGAUCUGCAUGCAUGCGCGGAGACUGCCCUGCAGCUCUGGCGGCUCUCCAUUGCCUUCCGCUCUCUCGGCGACCAAAGUAAAGCAGUGAAGUAUGCUCGAAUGGCGCAGGAUUGUGGUCACAAGGCACUGGGCAACUCUGCUGCUCUGGUUAGCUAUCUCUUCGACGUUGGUGAACAUCACCGCUCACCGUAGUGAAGCCAACACUUUACAGUGGAAAGCUGCUGAUUAAGUGUUGAACCUCCACCACAUACACCUCCACCCAUCACAUACACCUCUACCCAUCACAUACACCUCCACCCGUGACAUCACCUCCAUCACAUACAUGUACACCGUGUCCGCUCUAGGAUUUCAGACCAGUCCCAACCAGGUCACAAGCGACCCGGUGUUCUUUCUCCAAGUGGGUCCAAGUACCCCCCCCCCCCCCUGACUGGGUCGCUGACCCAGCUCUGAAGCAGACACUACUAAAGUACAUGCACUCUGGUCCAAGCGGGGACGGCUUGUAACGCUAUUCUCACAACUAAGAAUAGCCCUGUCACGUGUUGAGUAAUGAUCCAGACCUGUGGUUCACGGCAUUCAUGAUUAUCCUAUGUUAUGGCAAUGCUGUAAGCUGUAAGCAGGACUGUUUUUGUCAAGGAUGGAGGAGGACAUGCCUAACCGACAACGUUAACAGCACCGCAAAAUAACUUUUUUUUAAUCGUUGAUUUUCAUGAAAUGCGUCUCUAUGCAGUGUGCAGUUGUAAUGAUGACGAAGACGUGCUUUGUAAUGAAAAGACGACACCAGGGAUGCUCUUAGCAGGCAUGCAUUUUUAUGAUAACAUUUGCUUGACACGAACCAAAUCAAUUGGUUAUUGGAAGUUGCAAGUUUGCAUUGAAGUGAAUCAGUAGGAUGCUAGUAAGUCUGCAGCUUCGCGGUAUACUUCAUAGGGAUUGAACUGUUCCUUGAAAUCAAUCCCGUCAAUCGUUAUUCUUCUCUAAUAUUCCUUCCCCUCCAUAGUCUUCAUUCCAAUUCAGCUGGUAUCUACUUCUGUUCUAUCUCCGGAGGGCACGGUCCAUCUCGGAAAUGCAAA